GUUUCCAUUAGGUGCAAAAUGGUCAUGCUUAAAAUAUGUUAUGUGCUAAUCUUGGCGUUAAUCCCGGAUCAGGUGGUGCGGGCCUUAUGUCCGGCGGCCGCACACAUAAAGCCGUGCAAUUGUAAGGACAAUGUGAUGAUAUGCCACGAGGCGAGCGGUGUCCGACUCAAAGAGAUGUUCACUUACCUCCACAACCAUCUGGAGUGGCGUCAGCGACACAUCCAUCGCAUCGAGAUAUACGGCUCGCAUAUCGUUCAACUGCCCGAACACAUGUUCAACGACAUAAUCAUCGACGAGAUUGUCAUCAAAAACACACCCAAACUGAAGACAAUGUCCGAAGCGGCGUUCAAAGGCACCGAGUUUUACACCAAACGGCUGGUGUUCAACGGCUGUCCCCAACUGGAUGUGUCAAACCUGUUCACAAUAGUCAACCGCUUCCGGGCGCUCACAUCGGCCAAGAUCUGUAACCUCCCGGCCUUACAUAAGAUACCGGACGAGGCGUUUGCCGCCCGCCGUAAACUCAAAGAGUUGUUAUUUUGCGGCCACGGAAUCACAAGCAUAGGCCUGCGAGCGUUUUACAAACUCAGCUCGCUCAGUCGGCUCGACUUUAUGGACACCCAUAUCGCCAAAAUACCCGGCGAUGUGUUUACGUUUGAACACGACUCCAAACACGUGCUGACCAUCGGUCUGAUCAACAAUCGCCACUUAAAUGGCCUGAGCUUUACUCCGGCCACCUUCGCCCACACCAAACGCCCGACCAAUAUUGACUUCAGUGGCUAUCACUUCACGGAAGUGUAUCGCAAACAAAUCACUUUUCUCGCCGAAGAGGUGUUUCGCCCGUAUUUCAAGGCUCACGCCUCCAAUGAUGUCAAUCUGUAUGGACUGGAGUUUAAUUGCAUUAGUUGUAAGAAUAAGUGGUUGAAAACGCUUGAAAACGCCCAGAAU